UUAGUAAGAAAUUUAGGAGGUCACAACAAAGAGUGGCCCUAAGGCGCAGGCCAGAAGAGGCCACACACCAACUUCCGUACCCUUCUCUUCCGCUUUCUUCUGCUUCUGGAUGAACUCGUUUGCGGGGAGGAUGGUGAAAUCGGACCCAGGGCAUGGGCGUGAUUCCUGGAUUGCCGCCGAGGACGAAGCUCACACAAUCGACACGCACGGCCGUGAUUCUUCGAUGUUGGUUAUUGAGAGUGAUGGGCUGCGGCGUUCGCCUUCUCCGUCUCUGCCUUUGAACGAGAAUACUUCUGAACGUAAAUUGGGGUUUGGAGAGCGCGCUGUCUCUGCCGCUGGUGCCGCCUUUCUUUCGGCAAUAAUUGUAAAUCCUCUUGAUGUUGCCAAGACGAGGUUGCAAGCUCAAGCUGCAGGAGUUCCUUAUUCGCAUCCACUGAGUGAUUGGACCAGUCGCAUGGCAUUUUUUGGACCUAACACGAUGUUUGCUGACCUGAGGUGUUCUCCAUCAUGUGCACGUGCUGGGAUUCAUGGUACAGUAGCAAUAUGUCCUCCUGAUUGUUUUCAGUACAAAGGAACCUUGGACGUCUUCUACAAAAUUGUCCGACAGGAAGGAUUUGCGAGGUUGUGGAGAGGCACAAAUGCAGGCCUAGCUCUUGCUGUUCCAACGGUGGGAAUCUACCUACCUUGCUAUGACAUAUUCCGGAACUGGUUAGAAGAGAUCACUUCCCAGAAUGCUCCCAGUACAACUCCUUAUGUUCCUUUAGUUGCUGGGGCAUUAGCACGUUCUUUGGCUUGUGCAACUUGUUACCCAAUUGAGCUUGCUAGAACUCGCAUGCAGGCAUUUAAGGAAAUGCAAACUGGCAAGAAGCCACCUGGAAUCUGGCAGACUUUACUAGGUGUCGUCUCCAAUGUCAAGAGCACAACUAAUGCCGAAACCGCCUUAAAAAGUUACCGUGCCCUAUGGACUGGAAUGGGGGCGCAGCUUGCACGUGAUGUUCCCUUCUCAGCAAUUUGUUGGUCAACCCUUGAACCAGUCAGAAGGAAACUCCUUGGAUUGGUAGGUGAUGAAGCUAACGCAGCCAGUGUGCUUGGUGCCAACUUUUCUGCUGGUUUUGUUGCUGGAAGUCUUGCUGCUGCCGCUACAUGUCCCCUGGAUGUUGCAAAAACACGACGACAGAUUGAGAAGGAUCCGGUGAGGGCACUGAGAAUGACAACAAGGCAGACACUAAUGGAGGUUUGGAGGGAUGGUGGGUUGAGAGGACUUUUUGCAGGAGUUGGACCUCGUGUUGGCCGUGCAGGCCCCUCAGUUGGAAUUGUGGUAUCAUUUUACGAAGUUGUGAAAUAUGUUCUUCAUCACCAAUAUCCAACUUCAGCUUCAUGACAGGGUAAGAGCUGCUUCUU